AUCUGAGAAAUUGGGGGGUGGCAUACAAUUAGAUACACAGAUUUACAAAAUACAAGCAGUGAUUCCCAAACUCUUCAGUUAGACUAAAAACAUUUGUUUAUAGAUUGACAAACUUUUUUUUUUAAUUUUUAAAUUAGGUGACUAAAUAAAGGUACCAGAAGAAUAUGGCUGCACAAAUACCAGAAUCUGAUCAGAUAAAGCAGUUUAAGGAAUUUCUGGGGACCUACAAUAAACUUACAGAGACCUGCUUUUUGGACUGUGUUAAAGACUUCACAACAAGAGAAGUAAAACCUGAAGAGACCACCUGUUCAGAACAUUGCUUACAGAAAUAUUUAAAAAUGACACAAAGAAUAUCCAUGAGAUUUCAGGAAUAUCAUAUUCAGCAGAAUGAAGCCCUGGCAGCCAAAGCAGGACUCCUUGGCCAACCACGAUAGAGAAGUCCUGAUGGAUGGACCUUUGAUGAAAGAUUGCCAAUAGCUGCUUUACUGAAAAUGAGGAUUCAUCUGAUAGAAUCCCUUGAAAGCAGUAACCACCAUGUUAAACCAUCUGUCAUGACUGUUUGGCAUAUGGAAACCACUGGAGAAACAAAAUUGCUAUUUACCAAGAAUAAUCAAAAUAGAAGGUCUUAUUGUUCAAUGAAAUAAGAUGUAACAUUUGUUGAGGCCUUUUGAUUCAGCACCUUGGUCACUUGAUUAGAAAAAUAAACCAUUGUUUCUUCAAUUGUGACUGUGAAUUUUAAAGCAAAUUAUGUGUUCAAUCAUGUAUGAGAUAGAAAAAUUUUUAUUACUAAAAGUAAAAUAAAUGGAAAUAUCACUGAGCAGUUGUUUAUAUAUAAUAUUCUCAUUGGACUGUAGAAAUGUUGAAAUGUUUUUCAAUCAGGCUCAUCCUCCCAGCAUUUCUGUUCAUUCAUGUCUGCUUCAAAUUGCUGGUGAAUACAUAAAAUAGUUACUUGCUAAUCAUUUCAAUACACAAUCCUUUUCUUGCCUCCCUUCUUGUGUCAGGGUAGGCAUUUCAUAUUCUUAUUUUACCUACAUUUUCAUAUAUCUUCAGGAAACCAUCCCAUCUGCCCUAAUUUGGUAAUAUUUAAGAGUUGACUAUUACACUGUAAUGGAGUUCAUGUUUGUGUUUUGUUCAGAAGCUGACAGUCAUACAAAAACGAUUUUAAGGCUUGUCAAUGAUAAUAAGUAAACCAAAGUUAAUGUCUUAUGGCUAAUGAAUCCUGAAACAAAUCCAAGCAUCUGCAGGAAAUUCUAGGUGAUGCAAAAGUAAACCAAGCAGUUUAGUAAAAUGUAAGUGGGCUAAUACUUACUAAUCAACCGGCUUAUGAAUAGAUUUCAUUUGAUACCAUUUUAAACCUAUAUUUAAGGAAACACUAGUUAGCCUGUAUGUUUAAAUUUGCCAAAGUGAUUUCUGUUUUGUAUGUUAAUGGAAGCAGAAGUAUUGUUCUGCUUUAAAAUUGAAGUGUUGAAAUACGGAUAAUACUCAACAAAAUACGCAAUUAUAGUCAAAGGAA